UUCUCCAGCUUCUACGGUUCACUAUGAUUCAGACAAAAUGACAAUUCUAUCUUAUGUUUAAGGAAUGGUGGCCAGCAGCUGAUGUUUUUUUCUCUUGGCUAAAAUCAAGAAUUUGGCUGAAUUCUAUUGGGAACUCAGAAGAAUUAUUCUUUGAAGAGUCCCAACAAAGCAGGAAAGAUGUAGCCUGCAAAGGGUUAAGAAACCAAGAAUUUGGCUGAAUUCAAGUGGGAACUCAGAAGAAUUCUUCACUGAAGAGUCCCAGCAAAGCAGGAAAGUUGUAGCCUGAAAAGGGAUAAGACAACGCUUGUAUAUGGUAUAUUUGCCCUGAAGUUGAGCCCUUCGCUACUAAUGACCUUUAACAGGAUGACUACUGUUGCAGCUCUUCUUAUUUGCUUGGGCUGCGUGUGCUUUGGCCGUGCGGCUUCUAGUGAAGGCUGUGAUCAAGAUGAAAGAGAAGCCCUUUUGAAGUUCAAGGCUGAUCUUGAAGACCCUUCAAGCUCUCUGUCAUCUUGGGUUGUCCAAAGGGAUUGCUGUAUAUGGUCAGGUGUUGUCUGUGAUAAUUUUACUGGCCAUGUCACUGAGCUCCAUCUCGGGUGGUCGUCUUCCUGGGACGGUUCUGUGUUUAGUGGUAAGCUAAAUUCUCAAUUGCUUCAGUUGAAGUAUCUCGGUUAUUUGGACCUGUCAAACAAUCAUUUUCAAGGGAUUCCUAUUCCAAGUUUCCUUGGCUCUAUGAGUAGUUUAAAGCAUCUUUAUCUUGAUGGAUCUGGAUUUGGCGGAGUCAUUCCUCAUCAACUUGGAAACCUCACAAAUCUGAAGCAACUUGGCCUGCAGGCUGCUAGAGAUUAUGUGCUAUAUGCUGAUAGUUUGCGGUGGCUUUCUGGUCUGUCUUCACUAAGAUACCUUGAUUUGAGUGAUGUCGAUCUCAGCAAUGCUUCUGACUGGUUGAGCAUGAUAAACACACUCCCAACUCUUUCAGAAUUGUAUCUAUCAAACUGUCGUAUCCGUUAUAUCCCACCCCUCAAGAAUUUGAACAUCUCUUCGUUGUCUAGUCUUAGUUUGUAUCACAAUCAAUUUGCUCAAACUUCAAUUCCUAGUUGGGUUUUUCAUCUUCAGAGCCUUACUUACUUGGAUCUAGGAGUGAACACUUUUGAUGGUCCGAUUCCUGACCAGCUUCAAAACCUUACUUCACUGAGGACCCUUUCCUUGUCCGGCAAUCGAUUCAAUCAUCCAAUACCAGACUGGUUAUAUAGAUUAAGUCAUCUUGAGACGCUUUAUCUAUGCGCUAAUAAGUUGGAUGGUAAAGUCUCAACUGCUGGCAUUGGAAACUUGUCUUCUCUUGUUUACCUUGACAUAUCAGACAAUCAUGGCCUCGAAUUUGAGAGGGGAAUUCCGGAGUCGUUCAAAAGCUUCUGCCAUUUGAGGUCACUUUCUCUGAAUAAUGUAAUACUGAAUCAAAAUGUAUCAGAGUUGCUUGAAAUCAUUGCAGAAUGUGCUUCUGAUACUUUACAGGUAUUGUUGUUGUCUAGUUGCCAACUGUCUGGUCAGUUGACUGAUCGGAUUGGAGUUUUCAAGAGUCUUAACCGUCUCAGCCUCGGAAAUAAUUCCAUUUCUGGUUCACUUCCAAUGUCAUUUGGAGAAAUGACAUCCUUAUACUAUUUAAACCUUGCAAGAAACAAGAUCAGUGGGACAAUUCCAACAAGUUUUGGGGCAUUGGCACAGCUGAGUUAUGUGGAUAUCUCUCAGAACUCAUUGGAUGGUGUCAUUUACCCUGAAGUUCAUUUUGCCAAUCUCAGAAAUUUGGCUUGCUUUUAUGCAUCUGGAAAUCAGAUGGUUUUGAAAGCUAAACCAGAUUGGGUUCCUUCCAAGCUACUUGAUGAAUUAGACCUAGAAUCUUGCUAUGUUGGACCUGUAUUCCCCCAUUGGUUGCGGAGUUUGCAGCAUCUCAAGUCUCUUGAUCUAUCUAACUCUGGAAUUUCAGAACCCAUUCCUGACUGGUUCUGGAGCAUGUCCUCUCAGUUCUACUAUCUUAAUUUCUCUCACAACCAAAUCCCGGGAAGGCUUUCACGUGUCAUCCCUGUUGUGAGCACUUAUUCAUUGUUUGAUUUCAGCUUCAAUUGCUUGGAAGGUGCACUGCCUACUAUCUCAUCCAACUUGACAUUUCUAGACCUUUCCAGCAAUCUGCUUUCUGGAAACUUGUUCAAGUUCUUUUGUUUCAACCCCAGUGAAAUGAGGGCUACAGAAUUUCUGAACCUGUUUGGUAAUAGAUUGACUGGCGAAAUACCAGAUUGUUGGAAGACUUGGCAGAGCUUGUCAAUCAUGAGAUUGGGCAGGAACAAGCUCAGUGGCAAGAUCCCAAGAUCCCUGGGAUAUUUAAGUUCCCUCAGGUCUUUGCGCCUUCAGAACAAUAGGUUGUCUGGUGAAAUUCCACCAUCUCUCCAGAAUUGCUCCAGGUUAGUCACAGUUGACUUGGGUCAUAAUGGAUUGGAAGGGAAGAUUCCGGAAUGGAUGGGACAACGCCUUUCGAGAUUGUCCAUUCUUAGUUUACCCGGGAAUAAGUUCCAUGGCAGCAUACCUAAGGAGAUCUGUAACCUGCAAUCUUUACAGAUCUUGGAUCUUUCUCACAACUCUCUCUCCGGUACCUUGCCAAAAUGUAUUGCUAAUCUCAGCGCCAUGGCUACUCCAAACAAUGAUACUUCAGGCCUCAUUUCACCCUUUGCUGGUGCGUGGAAAUCGUUUUCAGAUAGUCUGAUUCUGACGAGGAAUGGGCAGUUGUUCGAUUACAGCACCAUACUGAACUAUGUCAGAAGUUUGGACCUUUCUAGUAAUAACUUGUCAGGACAGAUCCCAAACCAGAUCACAAGCCUGGUAGCCAUUCAGUAUCUCAACUUGUCACAUAAUUCAUUCUCUGGUGCAAUUCCGGAGGAUCUAACCGCAAUGCUCUCUCUUGAAUCCAUGGAUCUCUCGACGAACCAACUGUCCGGAUCAAUCCCUUCAACCCUGGGAAGCCUCACAUUCUUGAAUUGCUUGAACUUGUCGUACAACAACUUGGUUGGUAAAAUUCCUUCAAGCACUCAACUGCAGAGCUUUGAUUCCUGGAGCUUCAUUGGUAACCACGAACUUUGUGGGCCUCCAUUGAAUGCGGCGGACUGCUGCAAUGACAGCAGAAUGCCUGGUUCAAUGGAUGGAGAAGAAAACGACGAAGAACAUGCUUUGCAUUGGUUCUCUGGCAGUGUAGUUUUCGGUUUUGUGGCCGGUUUCUGGGGUGUGAUCGCCACUUUAGCAUUCGUCCGACUGUCACAAACCCAGAAUCUGAGUUGAAGGAUCACAUGGGUAAAAAACUGCUGGUCUUGUUGACGAGAUUGCUGAAGUAAUUUACAGAAACAGUAGUUAUAUCAGGUUCUACUUUCCUUGAUUUAGUAACAUCUUAAACAUCUGAAGGUUGUCUCAAAUCCUGAUAGAACAGUAAACCUCCUUUGUACAAAUUCAAGCUUCAUUGUCCACUCUGCACUUGUCAUUGACUUUUCCUUCGGUUUUAUCUCCCAACAGUCCACUUUUAUCGCUUCUGUGAUAGCUUCUCAAGUACUUUUGGCUGAUAAAUGAUAAUUUCCUGAUAUGGUAAUAUAGUUUCCAUCAAAAGUCCAAGCCUAUUCCACAAAGUGGGCCCAUUUUGAAAUAAGCCCAUCACCAUUGAGGCCGCCUCCAGGCAAAGUGGAUCCACAUAAAAUGGUCCCAAUAAAGGCCCAAAAAUUGGAAUGGGAAGACAACACCUCCAGUAAAAUUGGAUCCUUCAUCGUUCUCUUUCCCCAUGGCCCAAACCCCUUCCCUCUCCCGACGAUGUCAGCGGCGGCCGGCGGUUCUAAAGCCGCCGCCGCCUCCUCUGACCCAUCCCUUGUGCCUGCGUCUUGCUGCUGCCGGUGCUGCUGAUCCGGCUGAUCGUGGAAUUCGAUCUCCGGACUGCGGACUAAACCCAGACUCAGAGUUUCGCGAAUGGACAGGUUUUUCUAUCGAUGCUUAACGGACUUAUAAUCCUUGUAGAAUAAGAUCAACAGACUUCAUUAUAAGUGGAGAAUAGCCUCGGCCUGAUUUCGUGACCUGUAGCCUCCAGAAUCGAAAGAAAAUGGCAUUUCGGAUAAAUCGCCCGAAAUCUGUGAUGGUACCCCUUUGGAAUCUGCCAAAAAUUGACCCGGAAUAAAUCCGCCCAAAUCGGUGCUUAAUGGACUGAAUCAUAGCUGGAGAAUAGCCUCAGGCCGAAUCAGUGAUCUGUAGCCUUCAAUAUCCAAAGAAAAUGGCAUUUCGUCGACCAAGAAAUUACGAAAAUGUCAUCCGAAAAAUAAAUUGGCCCAAUCGAUGCUUAACGUACUUAUCAUCCGUGGAGAAUAAGAUCAAUAGACUUCAUUAUCAGUUGGAGAAAAGCAUCGGGCCGAAUCAGUGAUCUGUAGCCUUCAAUAUCCAAAGAAAAUGGCCUUUCGUCGCCCAAGAAAUUACUAAAAUGCCAUCCGAAAAUAAAUUGGCCCAAAUCGAUGCUUAACGGACUUAUCAUCCGUGGAGAAUAGGAUCAAUAGACUUCGUUAUCGGUGGAGAAUAGCCUCGGCCUGAUUCCGUGAUCUGUAGCCUCCAGAAUAGAAAGAAAAUGGCAUUUCGGAUAAAUCGCCCAAAAUCUGUGAUGGUACCCCUUUGGAAUCUGCCAAAAAUUGACCCGUAAUAAAUCCGCACAAAUUAGUGCUUAAUGGACUCAAUCAUCAUUGGAGAAUAGCCUCAGGCCGAAUUAGUGAUCUGUAGCCUUCAAUAUCCAAAGAAAAUGGCCUUUCGUCGACCAAGAAAUUACGAAAAUGUCAUCAAAAAAAUAAAUUGGCCCAAUCGAUGCUUAACGUACUUAUCAUCCAUGGAGAAUAAGUUCAAUAGACUUCAUUAUCGGUGGAUAGCCUCGGCCUGAUUCCGUGAUCUAUAGCUCCAGAAUCGAAAGAAAAUGGCAUUUCGAAUAAAUCGCCAGAAAUCUGUGAUGGUAACCCUUUGGAAUCUGCCAAAAAUUGACCCGGCAUAAAUCCGCCCAAAUCGAUGCUUAAUAGACUCAAUCAUCGUUGGAGAAUAGCCUCAGGCCGAAUCAGUGAUCUGUAGCCUUCAAUAUCCAAUGAAAAUGGCAUUUCGUCGCCCAAGAAAUUAAGAAAAUGUCAUCCGAAAAUAAAUUGGCCCAAAUCGAUGCUUAACGAACUUAUCAUCCGUGGAGAAUAGAAUCAAUAGACUUCA